CGACUUUCAACCCGCGAGCACGACGGAUGUACACAUAGCUAUGCGCUGCGCUUCGCGAGUCCAACUGUGAAACAACGCGAAAUUAUACACCACAGCGUCGCGUCGCCGUCACAAUUAUGCAAGCAACCCGAACAAAUGGAGUGAGUAUCACUUGCGGAUGGAAUGGCCUCACGAGACGUAACAUUUGGUUUUCUCCUCUCGGCUCUUCUAUACUCCACAAUUGGUCAUAUGGCGCUGCAUGAACCGGAAUUUCUCGCGCCACUUGAAAAUCUGACUGUCAUCCAAGGUCGUAACGUUACCUUCACCUGCAUCGUUAAUCAUCUUCAAUCUUACAAGAUUGCUUGGCUAAAGUCGGACUCCCGCGAGAUAUUGGCGAUGCAGACGCACAUGGUUGCAGCGAAUCCACGUAUGUUCGUCACUCAUAAUGGCCACAACACCUGGAAGCUGCACGUACUUGGUGUCAGACCCGAAGACUCCGGCACGUAUAUGUGCCAAGUCAAUACUGAACCGAUGAGGAGUCAGGGUGUCUGCUACUCGUAUUCACUAUAUCAGUCAUUUGUCAAAUUUCCCGUGACGGGUCAUAUUAAAGUAGUCAUACCACCGGAUAUAAUUGACUUAGAAGAUGAGGAUGCGAGUAAUGGACGUUGGACUAGUAUGGAGCACGGAGAUGUGAAUUUACGUUGCCGCGCCACAGGGACUCCGAAACCCGAAGUCACCUGGAGACGCGAGGAUGGACGCAACAUCGUUCUGCGCGAUGCCGGCAAGGCGACUACGACAAAGACGUACAAAGGCGAACAGUUGCAAUUAUGGAAGGUGCAACGACAAGAAAUGGGCUCGUACUUAUGCAUCGCCUCGAACGGCGUACCUCCGAGUGUUAGCAAGCGUCAUUAUGUCAACGUUCUUUUCAAACCGACGAUCAACACGAGGGAGCACACCGUGACGGCAAUGGUCACUGGUAAUGUUACGUUGGAAUACUACAUCGAAGCUUCACCGAAACCACUCAUGACGUGGUACACGGAACGCGGUAUCAAAGUGGCAAUGCGCGACAGGUACGCAAUUGUGGAAAGCAUGAUCAAUGAUUAUACCUACCAGAUCAGUUUGCUCAUAAGGAAAGUUCGUCACACGGACUUCGGCAGAUACACCUGCAUCGCGGAAAAUUCCUUCGGCACUACCAAUGCCAACAUUCAAUUGCGCGAAACGGAUCAGCGCAAAAGCAACGGAAAAACUUCCAAUGACCUUGACAAGCCGAGAACAAAAGAAGCCAGACAUAACCGCGGCAACGGAGAAUAUUCGGCUUCAGGUGGACACUACGCUCUUAUCCACAGCAGCACAAUGCCAAGAGACCUUUAUACGAGAACCAUAACUGGCUUUUUCGCUAUCGGCGCGAUUGUUCUUAUCUAAAUAAUUUGUUUGAUUCUAUGCGAAAUAAAAACUUUUAUUGAAACUGUUCUUAUGCGUGAUUGCAAGAUAUUUGUCGUUCGCUAACGGUUAUAAGUGUUCAUUUUUAUUUGUACGUGCAGCUUGCAUUGAUACUGUACGCAGCAUUUUUCAUCGUAUUUCAAAUUUAUUCUAAUGCAUUUUAUUCUUAACUCUUAAAGAAUGACUUUAAUGUGUAAAUAAAUUAUUUGUUUUGUACAAAUAAUGUGUGUGUGUGUGUAAUUCAUGU